AAGAGUUAUGGGAAAUUUCUUGAGGAGUACACGAAUCAGCUGAAAGGCAUUGAAGAUGCAUUGGAUGACUCUGUUGGGGACGUCUGGGAUUUUACACUUGACCCCAUAGCACUUAAGGACAUAGGAGAGGAGUUGCUAGUCUUAUCUCAAGUAGGCUAAAUUUUGAAAAAGUAUUCGAAUGGGAGAUAAUGAGGCCCAUAUAUUCUGGUAAGAGGGAAUAUAGACGGUAAUUCGGUUACUCUAUUGAAUAUAUAUGCACCCCUGGGAAGUGAUAUUGGUUUCUUUCAGAAAAUUACUGAUAUUAUGAUAACGGAAACAGAAGGUCUCCUGAUAUGUGGGGGAGACUUAAAUUUACAAUUGCAACCAAACUUGGACUCUUCCAAUAGAAAAACCUAUGAAACAAAAUCUUUACAUAAGUAAAUCCACUUUUUUGAGGAUGUUGGUUUAAUUGAUAUAUGGACGGACCUUUUCCCUGACAGAGGGGAUUACACUCAUUAUUCUGCUCCACAUUCUAUAUAUACAACAAUAGACUAUUUCAUAACAUUUGGAAAAGAGAAAGACAAAAUAAACACCUGUAGAAUUGGGACAACAGAUGUAAGUGACCAUGCACCUACAUAUUUAUCUUUUGAUUUUGACCUACAACCAAAGAAUACUAUUUGGAAACUAAAUUCAAGUCUACUCAAUGAUCCGUACUUUAAGGAACAAAUUAAAGAAGAAAUUGGUCUCUACUUGGAAUUUAAUGAUAAUGGAGAGGUUUCACCUUCCAUUUUAUGGGAUACUGUGAAGGCUGUCUAAAGAGGGAAAAUUGUAGCGAUUACCUAUAAGAAAAAAAAUGAAUAAAACAGAGGAAUUACAAAAUAGGCUGAAGGAACUAGAGAAAAAACACAAAUUGAAUUUGGCACAGGAUACAUUAGGGGAAGUUAAAAGAAAUAGGAAUGAAAUAAAUAAUUUGGCUACACAAGAAAUCAGGAAAAAUUUAAUGUUUCUGAAACAGACAUUAUGAAAGUGGAUCAAAAUCUAUGAAAAUAUUGGUGUGGAAACUUAAAAAGAUAGCAGAGAAUACAGUUCAUAGAAUUAGGGACCUAAGAACGAAAAUGAUAAAAAAUAAGCUAAGUGAAAUUCAAGAAGCUUUUGAAGUGUUUUACAAAACGCUAUAUUUCAAAGUUCUGGGGGAAGCAUAACCCAAAUUGACACCUUCUUGCAUUCUCUAGAGUUACCCACUUUAAGUGAAGAGCAAAAUAGAAUGAGGACUGCUGACAUAACUGAAGUUGAAUUAAAAGCUGCAAUUAAUAGGCUUAAAUUAAGCAAGUCACCAGGAUCAGAUACGGCAGAGUGGUACAAAGAAUUUAAAAUGAGUUAAUUCCUGUUUUACUCCCCACACUGAACUGGGCUCCACAAAAGGCACAAAUGCCACCCAGUUGGAAGGAAGUGAUAAUCUCAGCUAUACCGAAAGAAGGCAAGGAUAAAAUGGAAUGCGGGUCAUUUAGACAAAUAUACGUUCUUAAUGUAGAUUAUAGGUUAUUUACCUCCAUCAUGGCCAAACGAUUAGAGGAGUUUCUUUGCAUACUGAUAUGUAACAAUCAGACAGGUUUUAUAUGACAACGCCAGACACAAGACAAUAUACGAAGGACACUUCACAUUAUGGAUCAUAUACAAAAAAAUAAAAUCAAAGCAAUAGUGAUAAGCGUGGAUGCUGAAAAAGCAUUUGAUUCGGUUAAUUGGAAUUCUCUUUACAGAGUUUUACAUAGAUUUGGUUUCCAAGACACAAUUAUUAAAACUGUACAGACACUAUAUGACAAUCCUACUGCUAGGAUUAAAAUCAAUGGAUAUUUAUCAAAUAGCCUUACCCUAGAAAGGGUCACGAGACAGGGUUGUGCAUGGUCACCACUACUCGUGGUGUUAUAUCUGGAACCAUUAGCUCAAUACAUCAGACAAAAUGAAGAUAUCAGGGGAAUUACAAUUAAAGGGACAGAGCAUAAAUUGGCUUGUUAUUGUGAUGUCAUUUAGAUCAAUCUAGGGCAACCAACAUACUCUUUACCUAAAUUGAUGCAAUCCUUUGAACAAUCUGGUCAAUUAUCAGGAUACAAGAUCAACAUAGAUAAAACCCAAUUACUUUCAUAUUACUAUAGCCCACCAAGAGAAAUUGAAAGUCGACACCCCUGGGAAUGGCACACAGAGUCUUUCAAAUAUUUGGGCAUGUUAUGCCAAAAGAUUUGGCAAAAUUAUCAGAAUGUAACUAUCAGCCUUUAUAUAAAAAAAAUUAAGGAUGGUAUGGCAAGAUGGAACCUGAUUCCUUUUUGCAGUCUCAGUUCAAGGAUUGAGUCUAUUAAAAUGAAUAUACUGCCCAGACUGUUAUCUCUUUCAGACCCUGCCAAUAGAGAUUAAUCAAAAUCAAUUCAAUGAAUGGAACAAGAUGCUAUCAAGGUAUAUUUGGCAGGGUAAAAGGCCUAGAGUUUGUCUCAAAACUUUGCAAUUAGCAAAGGAAAAGGGAGGAUGGGGCUUGCCUUCUCUUAGAGAUUAUUAUUUUGUAGCACAGUUGAGAGCUGUGAUAUGUUGGUGCAACCCAUCAUAUGAUGCUCAAUGGAAAAACAUUGAGGAGCGGGUACUUCCCAUCCCCAUACAAGCAAUUUUGGCUGAUAACAACCUGCGAAGGUACAUAAAUACUAUUGAUAACCCAUGGGUGAAAUUGACUCUUAAAAUAUGCAAAACUACUGUAAAAGAAUAUAAUCUAGAGGGAGAUAUUGCAAUUCUUAAAUGGUUUGCAUAUGACUCGGAUUUUACAUCAAAUAAAUUGUAUGCUAGAUUUAAGGGCUGAACAGCUAAAGGAAUAACAGCUCUUUGCAACAUAAUGAAAGAAGGAACACUGUUCAGUUUUGAAAUACUUAAAGGGAAACACUUAUUAGAAAAACAAGAUUUUUAUCGGUAUUUACAGAUGCGACAAUAUGUUAAUAAGAUGUUUAAAAAUGUAACCAAGGCAAAUACAUGCUUGAUAGAGCUCUUUAGAAAAGCAUAUAACUCAGAUAAUGGUAGUAGAAUCAUUUCAAGCAUGUAUAAGGGUUUGACAAAUCUUAAAACACAUUCGACUUCAUACAUUAAAACAAAAUGGGCGAAGGAAGGAGGAAUAAUUAUAUCUGAGGAAGAAUGGACAACAAUAUGGAGAUAUCAAUGAUAGUGUACCAGUUCACCAAAAUGGAGGGAGUUUGGAUGGAAAAAUUGUUAAGAUAUUUUAUUACACCCUCUCAGAAAUCCCAUUACGAUGGUAACCACCCUGUUUGCUGGAGAAAUUGUGGAAUUCAAAAUGCAAAUCAUUAUCAAAAACUACUGGAGGAGGAUACACAAUGCCCUACAAGACAUCUUUAAAUGUGAAAUACCCUUAUAAAAUCCCUUUUAGUUUUGAUUAUUUAUUACUUCUACUGAAGGAUUUACAACUUAAUUACAAUGGUCGAAAAAGAAGUCGUUCUGGUAUUGAACUGAGAAGCGGCAAGACUUUUCCUGAAAUUGAGCAAACGGAACAAAGAGAGGAAACAGAGGAAUCUGUUAUACUAGCAGGAAUAUUUUCUUCAAUACAAGACAUGAAAUCGGAAUUCGGAUAGCUUAAUAUUAAAAUGGAUAAGCUGGCCAGUUCAAACAGGAAGCUUGAAAAAGCUAUUGCUAUGAUUCAAGACUCUUUGGAAAAACUUGGACUCUCAACUUCAAACACUUCAGCAGACUACAACCCGAAUUGAGAAUGAGCAUGAUCUAUUCAAACAAACUAUUAAAGAUCAAGGAAUGAAGAUAUCCUUGAUGGAAAAGAAAAUCAAUGAAAUUACCUCGGAACUAUCUAAAACGAAGAAAAGAACGGUUGAUUUAGAUAGUAGAGGGUGUGGGCGGAAUCUGCUUAUUCUGGGACUGCUUGAAAAUACUGAAGCUUUUCAGAUAUGUUGUACUCACUUUUCAAUGAGACCCUUAAAGCUAGCCCCUUAAUUGACAGAGCUCACAGAAUUCCAUUUUUCUCAGCAUUCAUCUGAAUCACGUCCUCGAGCAGUUGUACUUUCUUUGCAUUGUUAUACGACUAAAGAAGAUAUUCUUCGAGAAGCCAGAAAGAAGCAAAAAUUAUUCUUUAAUUCAACACAGAUUCGUAUAGUCGAAGACUAUCCUCCCGAAAUCUUUGCCGAAAGAAAUAUAGAGAAGUUAUAAGUGAAAUGUAUAAAUUAGAUUUAAAUCCCUCUCUUUGCUUUCCAGCAAAGCUGAUGAUUUUUCCUGAAAAAUCUCAGUCACUGAGAAUCUACUCUCCUCAGGAGGGAUGAAAGUAUAUUAAAAACCAACCGACAAAUUGGGAGUUGGCUAUCUUACGCCGGAAGUGCGUGUGACUGCGAACUCCUCUCUGAAUAAAACCACUUCAGAGAUCAUUUUGUGUCUCAGGUGUUUUUUCCUCAACUGAGCAGGUUAAUAAUUUCAGAUGAACAAUUUGGCGAGCCAGCCAGGAGCCAAACGGUUGGCAGUUCAGGGUCCUGUGUAAGAGAUCGGCGGGCAGGUACGAGCAGGUUGAGACGGAAGGGCCAUCCGAGAGAUUUUUCUCGGUCUCUCUCUCCCUCUCUGACUCCCCGUUCUGACCCCUUCGGCUCCGGCUGACCAUCCUACGGCCUCCACGGACAAGAACGUUGGAUUCAUCUGAGCAACUGCAAGCGCUGGACCCCGGACCCGCUAGAAACUACAAAUAAAUGAAGUCUCUACACACUCAGGUGAAGGAAGCCUCAAGACCUGUCCCUGACAGAGAAGGCGAGUGGCAGGGAGCAGAACCAGAAGAUUGGGUACUAAUAAGGAACUGGGAUCAACCCAAGCUGGGACCCCGGUGGAAAGGACUGUACUAGGUCCUCCUGCAGACCCCCUCUGCUGUAAAAGUGAAAGGACAAGAACGUUGGAUUCAUCUGAGCGACUGCAAGCGCUGGACCCCAGACCCGCUAGAAACCACAGAUAAAUGAAGGGACUGAUAAACGGACUUGAUUGAACUGUUGUGUGUUUAAAUUCCUUUUUUCCUUGUGGUGCCAUAUCCUUGAAAUUGUACUCUGGUAAUGGAAGGUAGGAUGCUGUUGAUUAUCUAUGUUCUUUUAGGGAUAGUGGGGUAUAGGGUAAAGGUCGAGGGACAGGUCUAUGAGUGCCACUCGGGGAAGAACAGUAGAGUAUACCAUCUUUGUAGCCAGGAUGUCCUGGUCUGUGAUGAUGGUGAAGGCCAAUUGGGGAAAUGGAAUGUAACCAGGGUUAAUUAUUAUAUUGGGAGACUUACACACCUGGACCGUCAACUGGUCCUAGGUGAAAGGAACUAUGGGCCCUUCCCUGUUGGGACCAGAAUUGCAGGUUCGUCUUUACUUGCAAGAGAAAUCAGGCAGAGGGGCGAUUAAGGGGCCUGUUACACAAGGGGAAGUGUUUGCGGGACACUCUGGACGAGGAACCACACCCCCUAAAGAGAUCAGAGAGGGACAGUUCAAGGCGGAAAAGGGAUUGGAGUUUCCCCAAAGGUCCCACCCUUGGAAGACCCCCUCGGGGGUUUAUAAGUGAGAACUGUUUCCAAAACGUGCACAAAUGACUGUAUGGAACUACGACCAUCGUUUGCUAUCCCACCCUGCCAGUGUCUCCUCGCUCUUUACCAUUUUCCCGCACUGGGAUCGUGCCGAUCAACCCUUCCGAUUCACCGACUGCCUAGUUCCCCUGUCCAUCAUUAAGUGGUCAGAUCAUAUAAGAGCCGUUUGACUCCUCCCGUGGAUGAAAGAAGAUCUCUGGUGGGAGGGGAAUCCCAAACCCCCGAAGAGUGACGGAGUAUAUGAGAACUGCUACUUUGGAACAGGGUGAAGAUGUUCAGACGUGUAUGUCUCGAGUAAAGUCACCUGCCUCUCCAAGCCCUGUGGGAAAAGGGAGUGUCACCCCACCAAGGACCCCUUAGGGAUAGCUUGCUCUUGCCAUGAGACAAAGUGCCAGCCCCUGACCCAGGGGGUGCAACUCCUUUGUGGGGAGGGGAACCGCACCCACCUCCUGAUCAAUGAUCAUGUAUUCCCACUACUGACUAUUGCAGGGGUACCAAAUGAGUGUACCCAUCUGCCGGUGUGGGGCAGUGGAGCGACGACAAAAACCUAAAGGAUAAAGGUUGCACUGAGACCAUGUAUACCCUCCCAGGGUAUUUUUUCUUCUAUAACGGCAUUGCUACCAACUUCCUGGAGUACCCUUACCCUUCCUCGGUGGCCUAUGGCACCUUCCUCCCUACCUCGGUCCCUUGCCCUGGGACUUGGGGUCCCCUGUCCCGCCCAUCUGGGAGGUACAAGAGAGAGGUCUCCCAAGAAUUUUGUGCGGAUUACCAAGUCCUGACUACCCUCACUGCAGGUCAGGUGGCCGGAUACAGGGCAGCUGGCUUUUUCUCUUUGGGAGCAUCAGGAGCCACUAUGGCAGCCUGUGGUCUCAUGAGCCUUGGGAACGCCACCAGGAGAGCAUUAAGACUCAUAACUGACAACCUUAACCAACUGCGGCUCUUCUCCAUGCAAAACCUCUCCAGGGAGGGUGUGCUCUGUGCCAUCGUAAAGGACAAAUGCAUAAUGGGGCUAGACAAUACUACUGCCAACAUAACAUGGUACAUGAACAAAAUAGAUCAACAGUUAGGAUCCAUUAAGGAAGGAACAGGUUGGGCAGGAUGGGGGGAUAGGGGAAGGACUGGUUGAUCAACGGGGCUAUCUACGUGCUGACAGCCAUUAUAGGGAUUUUUGUCUUUAUUGCCAUUAUCAAAUGUAUUCUGAAUGGCAUGAUGGCCUCGUUAGGGGACCUGCUGCCGGCUGAGCCACUGAUGGUAGUACGGGCAACCGUCGAGGCCACCAAACUCCUCGAACCUGCACCAGAGGAUUUUCAUGAUAUUGAUGAGUGAUCAUUGAAAUGAUCACAGGAGGGAAUAAGAAUGUGGAGAGGGUAAGGGGUAGGUGUAGAAGGGGGGGACAAGGGGUAAGUGUAGCAAAGUAUGCGUACAGGACUGGAGAUAGAGCAUGUCAUUGGGGAAGUGUAGAAGGACAGGGAAACAUGUAACUUAAAUAGAGUACCAAAUGGACAUGGCAACCACAAGGAAAGGGGAACCUUGCCACUGCAAGAUGGUGUGUCUGGCAAAGUAUCUGAGCUCUUUACCUAUUUCAAGUGUUUUGCUUGCAUCCAUACUUAUUCCAAGUACUUCGCUUGUGUCUAUACUUAUUCCGAGUAUUUUGCUUGCUUAGCUAUGCAACAGCCAAUCAAUCGAUGAAUUUGAAUUGGUAACCAUAUUUGCGAAUGUAGUGCCCCGUUUUUGGGUGUAAGUAUGACCUCUGUGAACUGACAAAUUGGGAGUUGGUUACCUUACGCCCGAAGUGGAUGCGGCUGCGAACUCCUCUCUGAAUUAAAACCACUUCAGAGGUAAUUUCGUGUCUCUGGUGUUUUUUCCUCAACUGAGCAGGUUAAUAAUUUCAGAUGAACAGUUAAGCCUACUGAAUAAAAUAUUAAAGUUAUUCUGAUUGCUUAAUAAGCAAUUUUGAAGUAUUUGCUGUAUGAGUUGUUUAUGGAUCUUCUGAGUUAAGUACAUUCUAUACCUUUUCAUUCUUUGGUGUAGGACAUGGCUGUUUAAUUUUUUUAUCUUAUUAAUAAUUAGUACAUGUAUAACUGUUUUGUAGGGAACCUUUAUAGUAUUGUACUUUAAUGGUGCGUGUAGGACCUGUUGUGUAUUAAUCUUUUUAUUUCUUUUAUUUGUUUCAAUACUUACAGUUUUAGGUCUUUUUUACACACACACGCACUUUUCUUUAUCGAGAGAAAAUAUUGUUUGUAAUAUUAUUUGCUCGGAUUUAUUCCUUUUUUUUAAUGUGUUUAAGCUACUUUAGCUGAUUCUGAGAUGGCCAUUGUUGAUUAUGUUUUUAUUAAUGUUACACAUAACAUUAUAGUAGUUGAAUUCUCCUUGUGCCUUUUAUUAUGGCUAUUUUCCGUGGGAUUUUUGCUUUAUUUUAAUAUAUGGAGCUGCAAGAUGGAGAACAAGGUUAAGGGUUAUUAGUUAGCAUGGGAUCAACCUAUUGAUUUCUUUAUUCUUUUGGGUAGCGGGAGGGAGGUCGGGUCUAUUAGAGUAGGUUCUUUUCUUGAUUGGGUAGUUCUUUUGAUGGAUUUCUCUUUCGUAAAUGCGUCACUCCUGGUUGUACCCGUGCCUUUCGGUUCAAUCUGUACUUGCGUAACAUUUCUUUUAUAUAAUAUUAAAUUCAAUUUUUAAACAUUGAUGUUAAUAAAAUCAGUAUCAAUUUCAAUCUUGGAAUUGGAACGGUGUCAAUCACCCUACUAUGCGUAAAAAGAUUUUUAAGAAAUUUAAAACACUUAAUGCAGAUAUUAUUUUUGCACAAGAAAAUCAUAUACGAAAACAGGACAAGGACAGGUUUUUCGGCUUCUGGAAAGGGCCUCUGUUUCAAUCGCUGUUGGAUAGUAAAAUAAGAGGCGUUUCUUUGUUUCUUAGUCCCAAAAUUCCUUUUGUACACUUGAAUACUACUACUGAUUCGAUUGCAAGAUAUUUAAUUGUUACUGGUUUAUUAUGCGAGCAAAAGGUAGCUCUGGUGUGUGCAUACGCACCUAAUGUAGAUAAUUCUGAUUUUUUUAAGACUUUUCUGAUUACUUUUUUUUAGAUACACAUCUGUUAAACUCCGUUGUUGAAUGUGCGUAUGACAUCAUUGCGCUCUCAGAUCACACGCCUUUAAAGUUAACCCUUAAGCUUUCGGAUAGAUUUUUGAAAAUCUCACAGAGGAGACUGAACCCAGUAUUGUUACAGGAUCCAGCUUUUGUUAAUUUUAUUGAGCAAAUUUCUAUAUUUUUUGAAUUUAAUACUACUGAAGGAAUGUCAAAUCUGGUUAUAUGGGACACGUUAAAAUUUUUUCUUAGGGGACAGAUAAUCUUAUAUUCAGCAGCCUUGAGAAAGAAAACUAAAGUGGGAUUGUCAGUGCUUAUUAAUAAAACUAAACAGAUAGAUAAAGCGUAUUCAGUUAAACCUACUGAAGACCUAUAUAAAGAAAGGGUCGAACUUCAAUCACAGUAUGAUUUGCUUCUGACCUUUCCCAUUGAACAGCCAAUUUUUAAAUCUAAAAGUUUGUUUUCUAUACAUGGGGAAAAAUCUGCUAAACUUUUAGCGGGUCAUUUAAAGGCUGGGAUGGUCAGAAGACAGAUUUUAAAAAUUCACUGACCAGAUAGAACAGAAACUUUAGAUCCUUAUGAAAUUAAUAAGAUAUUUAUGGACUUUUAUUCUAAUCUUUAUAAAUCUGAAUUCUCUGAUAGCAUUAUUAUUAUGAAUAGAUUUUUGCAAAGGUUAAGCAUACCUCAAAUUUCGUUUCAAGAUGCUGAUAUGUUAGAUGCACCUAUUAAACAAGAGGAGAUAGCCAAGGCUAUAUCCUCUAUGCAAUUAGGUAAAGCUCCGGGACCUGAUGGUUAUACGGUAGAAUUUUGCAAUACUUUUCAUGAAAUGCUUAUACCACAUCUUCAUCAAACGUUUACUGAUUCUACAUUCACUGGGAACCUCCUAAAACUUUUUAUGAGGCACAAGUUUCAUUGAUUCCAAAAAAAUGAAAAGACCCACUGGAAUGUGUAUCCUAUAGACCUAUUUCUUUACUGAAUGUAGAUUUUAAAAUCCUCUCCAAGAUUCUAGCAAAUAGGCUUGAGAAUAUCUUGCCUAAUGUUAUCUCAAACGAUCAAACAGGAUUUAUAAAAAAAAAUAGGUACUCACAUUUUAAUAUUCGAAGAUUGUUAAAUAUCAUUUAUUCCCCUUCAACCAAAGAAUCUGACUGUAUUGUAUCUUUGGAUUGUUAUGUGGGCUGAACAAACCAGAUAGAAAUGGGGUCCAGGGCUGACCCCCCCCCCCCCCCCCCGGGAACUAUGCUGCUAAUGAGAGAGAGAGAGAUGAAGAACAGAGGUAGAGGCAUCUGCCACAGAUGAGAGAGAGAGAGUGCAAUGAUUUAGUAUUACGGCUUCUUCACUGAUGGAAAUGUAAACAAUCUUUUGCUACAAGUACACUUCGCUCGUUAACAUUCUUGCUGAGACAGCAGGGAGUGGCCUAGUUUGAUGGACAUGGACAUAUUGAAUUGAUGGAUGGCUGAUACCCUGUCAGUGGGGAUAAAAGACGGGUCUGGGGAGACACCCUCAGACACACCAGUGGACUCUGAAAGAGUGUUGUGCACCCACAGGAAAGUGGGGGCCUGGAGGAUCGGUCUGAAGUAUGGUGGAUAAAGGCAGACCGGUGGGGACUUGUGUGUGUGUGUGUCCGCCCUUGUGUGUGUGUCCACCCACAGAAAGGUGGGGGCCUGGAGGAUCAGUUCAGGAGAAUUGGUCCGGAGUACGGUGGAUAAAGGCAGACCAGUGGGGACUUGUGUGUGUGUGUGUCCGCCCUUGCCUGGGUGACGAGUCCAUCACUGAAGAAUGGUCUAGCCUGGUAUGGAAGGGUCAUAAUUGGUGACCCCAACGGUACAACGGAACAAUAAGACGACGGAAAGUUUGCCUGCUGCAGCUGCUCAUCUCUUGCUUGCUCUUGCUCUCUCUCUCCAACAUUGCAACACAACAACUACCUCAACACAAACUGAACUGAACUCUAUAUUCUCUUAUGGCAAUUCAUUUACCCCUAGACUUUGAUAGAGCUUGGUUUUUGAUUCUUAUUCCUACACUUCUGUAUUUAUCAUUGCUAACCUGUUUUAUAUGUAUAUUUCCAUUUUUGAUACUGUAUUACUUAGUUUACUAAUAAACACCUUUAGUUACAGUACCACCAGACUCCAAUGUAUCAUUCCAUUUCUGCUGAUCUAUUAACCCAGUUACGGGGUACGUAACAGGAUGCAGAGAAAGCUUUUGAUAGGGUGGAGUGGCCUUAUCUAUUUCGGGUUUUGAAGAGGUUUAAUUUUGGUCCAGGAUUUAUUUCCUGGAUUAAAUUGAUUUACCAUGCCCCGGUAGCUGCGGUUAUAACUAAUAAUCAAACGUCUCCUUAUUUUAGAUUAUAUAGAGAUACCCGUCAGGGUUGUCCCCUCAGUCCUUUAUUAUUUAAUUUGGCUUUAGAACCACUUGCUAUUGCUCUUCGGGAUUCUAAUUCUGUGCAGGGUAUUAGGAGAGGGAAUAAAUUACAUUAUGUUUUGUUAUACGCGGAUGAUUUAUUAGUUUACAUUUCAAAUCCUAGGAAAUCUAUUCCUUUUAUGUUAUCUAUAUUUAUGGAAUUUAGUAUUUUUUUCUGGAUAUAAACUUAAUUUACAUAGAUGUACAAUGUCCUGGGUAUGUUACUCAAAAUGGCCUCUUUGGUUUGUUACAAGUAGGAAUGUUUCUUUGUCGGAUAAGUGUUUCUCUAGCCGUUGUUUCACUUUAGAAUGGCUGAUAUGGUAAUUGUAUUCAUUUGUUAAUCAAUGGGGAAUGUCAUUGUGUCUUGUGAUGCUGGGAACUUGGGGGAGGGGUUUUCGCGGGUUUUUUGGGAGAGGCCGAGGAAGACACUGAAGAAGGUGGACGUGUGCUGGACUGCUCGUAAGACCACCGGGGUGGUCCCAAGUGCGACGGCCGGAUGGGUCGAUUGGUUCGUUGAUUGAGCUCCAACGAGUGCACUAAACAGACUGAACUUUGAUAAGUGGCGCCUUUUGUUUUUUUCCUUGUGUAUAUAUAUUGUAUUGCUUACUACUCUUUUUAAUUUUAGUAAACUCUUUAAAGUGUAUUUCAUAACGGUAUUUGUUGUGGAUUUGAUACUAUUGGCGGGCUCGAGGCGUAAACUCGAUUCUCACAGCACCUGCGUGUACGGGAGGUGGGUUGGAGAGUGGCUGGAUCCCUUUUUCCCCUAGACAUAUACCAGCCUGUUCGGUAAGGGUUACAUUUGUGGGGGCUCGUCCGGGAUUGGAUUGUCAGGGGCUGUGGAGUCGCAGGCAGCAGAGCGGAGAUGGACAGAGACAAGUUUGUUUGUUGGUGCCAGUUUGAAGGUGUACCGGUACAGUACGCAUGCGUAGUGAGCGGAGUGGAUUUUCGAGUUUCGGGAGACGCGAUAGUGCGGGGUUUAAGUUCGGUGAAGGGUAUUGGGCAGGUAGAAUUGGUAGCUAGACGGUGUGGUAAAGAGGUGGAGUCUAGCUGGGUGUUGGUUCGUACGAGUGCUGAAGUCAGGACGGUGGAACUGCCGGCGACGGUCAGUGUACCGGGGGAGGCGGGCCCGUGGGGGCUCCACUCCUACAAGGAUGAGGCUGAGGAGACAUCGGAGGAGGAGUUAGAGCUAGAGGUGGACCCCAGAGAGGUGCCCGGCACUAGUAAAGGGAGGUGGGAGGAGGGAGUCGUGACUAAGCCCCGCUCCCCAGGUAGGGUGGAAGUCUCGGAGCUGGCAGCCGCACUUAACUCCCUGGUGGGGGUGGCCGAGAGGCCACGGCUGAAGCUGGGGGUGUUCUCCGGAGCCAAGCCUACUCCGGAUGGGGAGGUGGACUAUGAGACCUGGAUCGAGCAUACGUCUUUGAUGUUAGAGGAGUGGCCAGGCUCAGAGGAGGAGAAGAGGCAGCGAUUGGUGGGAAGUUUGAGGGGUUUAGCAGCCUAAACCGUCCGGGAGUUGAAAGCUGAGAAGCCUGGGGCCUCAGUGGAGGACUGCCUAGAAGUUUUGGAGGGAGCGUUUGGGUUGUCAGGGGAACCCUGGCUGCUUUUAGCAGGGUUUCAACGCCUGGAACAAUGGAGAGGGGAAAAGCUCUCCGAGUACAUAUUUAGGAUGGAGGGGAUGCUCUCGGGGCUGCGGCGCCGAGGGGUAGUGAAGGCGAUUGACGUGGCUAGCGUGAGGAUGAGUCAGCUAUUCAGUGGCUCUCUGGAGGAGGACAAGGUGGCGUGGACUAUCCGGCAAGCUUAUAGGAAAGGUCCCCCUCCAUCCUUCGGGCAACUGAUUAGAGAGGUGCGAGAGGAAGAGAGAGCGUUGGGGCGGAAAAGGGGCACGGGCCUACGGGAGCAAUCCUCAGCGAUACAGGAAGUGGAGGAAUGACAAUCCCCCGGGGAGUAGGGAACCCCCUUUGGAGGGGAGGGACAGGGGAGGUACCUACUCUCAGGGGCGAUCAGUGCAGUGGAUUGGGAGCAGGAGCCGUCCUGGGAGAGGAGGGGCGGCCGGCAGUGUGUGCUUUAACUGUGGGAAAGAGGGGCAUUUCAGGCGGGACUGUGGAAGGCUGAGGGUGUGCUAUAGCUGUGGAGAGGAGGGUCACUUUAGGUGGGAUUGUGAGAGACAAGGAGUCCCGCAGAGGACAAGCCCCCCUAUGACUAAAAAGGGAGAGGUGUCGGGAAACUUAGGAGAGGCUCAGUGAGGGAACGGACUGGAGCCUCUGGAAGAACACGUUCCCAGAGAUCAGCCGGAAGACCACCGGGUGCCCACGCCUCUGUUCCGGAUGGGCUGGUAGGACCCCGUGCCAGUGUGGGUCUACGGAUAGAGGGAAUUUACGCAAAAGCCGUUCUUGAUACGGGAUCGCAGGUGACCUUAUUGUACCGGUCUUUCUACAAUCAACAUCUAAAGCAUUUGCCCGUAACACCAUUUGACGCCCUGCAGAUUUGGGGUGUGAGCGAGGGUGACUACCCGUACGAUGGGUACCUAUCGGUGAGAUUGGAGUUCUCGGAGGGCGACAUGGGAGUGUCGGAAGCUAUUGAGACGUUGGUGUUGGUGUGUCCUGACCCGGUGGAAACCGGUGGUGCUGCCCUUCUGGUGGGGACUAACUCCCCAGUUGUGCGACGGCUCCUGGGAGCUUGUAAGGAGAAAGGGGGGGAAGACUUUCUGGAGACCCUCUCGGUGCAUCCAGUGUUUCGAGCAGUGUUCGCAGAAGGGGUUGCCUCCCAAGGGCUGGACCCGGAGUGUAAACGAGGGACGGUGUGGUGUACGCAGGCGAGGCCCAAGGUGAUCCGACCCGGGGAGGUAGCCCUAGUGAUGGGGACCCCCAGAUUCCCAGGAGUGCCGACGGGAGAAGCCCUGUUAGUAGACGCCCCAGACGAUCUUGAAGGGGAGACACGAUUUCCGGCGGGGGCGCUGGUGAGGCCCGAAGUGCAGAGACCAGGGGUGGUACAUGCGAGGCGUAUAGCUAUAAGUGUCAGGAACACCACGGCAAGAGAAAUCACCUUUAAGAGGGGAAUGCCGCUGGCACAUCUGUUCCCGGUGACGGUAAUGUCCAGCGCACCAGUGCGGACCCCUAACGGGGAGGGAUCGGAGCAUCGAAGGGAGCUGACCGCUGAAGCCUUUAACUUCGGGGAUUCCCCAGUGUCGCCGGAGUGGAAACGCAGGCUAGUGGAGAAGAUGCUGAAGAUGGAAGCUGUUUUUUCUCGGGGCGAGUUUGAUGUUGGCUGCUCCAAAAGCACUCGCCACACCAUCCGGGUGACGGAGGACACCCCGUUCCGAGAGAGAUCCCGGCGGCUGGCUCCGGCAGAUGUUGAGGACGUGCGACAGCACUUGUGCAAGUUGAAGGAGGCCGGAAUCAUAGCUGAGUCUCGAAGUCCUUAUGCGUCCCCAAUAGUGGUGGCACGGAAGAAGAAUGGGCGAGUGCGCAUGUGUGUUGACUACAGGACGUUGAAUCGGCGAACUGUCCCUGAUCAAUAUACUGUCCCAAGAGUCGAGGAUGCGUUGGCCUGCCUGAGCGGUGCAAAGUGGUUCAGUGUGCUGGAUUUAAGAAGUGGGUAUUACCAGAUCCCGAUGAGUGCGGCCGAUAAAGAGAAGACCGCUUUUAUCUGCCCGCUGGGGUUCUUUCAGUUCGAACGAAUGCCCCAAGGCAUAUCCGGAGCCCCAGCCACCUUCCAGAGGCUCAUGGAGAGAACUGUGGGGGAUAUGAAUCUGUUGGAGGUGCUGGUGUACCUGGACGAUUUGAUAGUGUUUGGAUCGACUUUGGAGGAACAUGAGGAGAGACUGUUGAAGGUGUUGGGCAGGCUUAAUGAAGAAGGGUUGAAGCUUUCCCUGGACAAAUGCCAGUUCUGCAAGUCGUCGGUUAACUACAUUGGCCAUAUCAUUUCGCGAGAGGGAGUGGCUACUGAUCCAACCAAGAUAGAGGCUGUGACCACCUGGCCGAGACCCCAGAAAGUGGGUGCUCUGCGCUCAUUUUUGGGGUUCUGUGGGUAUUACCGGCGAUUUGUGAAAGGAUACGCCAAAGUGUGUCACCCGUUAACUCAGCUGUUGUGUGGCUAUCCCCCGGUGGGGAAGAAGAGGACGGGGAACCAGAGGCAGGAUGCUGGAGGAUACUGGAACCCGGCGGAACCUUUUGGCUCGAGAUGGGAUGAUCAAUGUGAAGAGGCGUUCCGAUCUUUGAAAAGGGCACUGACCCAGGCCCCGGUGUUGGCUUUUGCCGAUCCCCAGAAGCCAUAUGUGCUGCACACGGAUGCCAGCCGAGAGGGUCUCGGGGCUGUUCUGUACCAGGAGCAUGGCAAAGCAUUGAGGCCGGUAGCCUUUGUCAGCCGAAGCUUGUCGCCAUCGGAGAGAAACUAUCCCACUCACAAGUUGGAGUUCCUGGCGCUGAAGUGGGCGGUGGUGGACAAGCUGGGCGAUUACCUUUACGGAGCCAAGUUUGAGGUGAGAACGGAUAACAAUCCUCUCACUUAUAUUUUGACUUCGGCGAAGCUGGAUGCCACAGGACAUCGGUGGCUGGCGGCAUUGUCGGUAUAUGAUUUCAGCCUGAGGUACCGCCCCGGAAGCAAGAAUAUCGAUGCGGAUGCAUUGUCUCGUCGGGAGCCGGGGGAGGAGGAGAGGGACGAGGAUUGGGAGAGUGUCCCUGCCCCUGGAGUGAAGGCGAUGUGUCAGUUUGUUAUCACCGUGAAAGCCGAGGGAAGAGGGAGGCUGGAACGAGCCGUGGACCAUUUGGGGGUUUUUGACGACGCCAUACCCCUAGUUUACUGUGACCUGAUCGCUCUGGGGACUAAACAGUUGCCGGAACUGAGUCCGGGGGAAGUGGCAACUGCUCAGCAAAAUGACCCGGGCAUUGGCACAGUGUGGAGAGCGGUCGAGAAGGGGGAUGGGGCGUUGGCUGAGAAGGCGAAACACCCAUACGUGCCUCUGUUGUUGAAGGAGUGGUCUCGGUUGAAGUUAAAGAACAAAAUCUUGUACCGGGUAACGAUGCCUCCGGACCAACCCCACUGUUGGCAACUGGUCCUGCCGGAGGAGUAUCGCCAGACUGUACUCCAGGCCUUACAUGAUGAUUCUGGACAUUUGGGGGUGGAAAAGACAUAUGGAUUACUCAAAGACCGGUUCUACUGGCCCCGGAUGAGGGGGGACGUCGAAGAAUACUGUAGGGGAUGCCGUCGUUGCAUCCAGAGGAAGACCCUGCCAGUGUUGGCGGCUCCACUGUCGCACUUGCAGAGUGCGGGACCUCUGGACCUGGUAUGUAUGGAUUUCCUGUCGAUUGAGCCUGACACCAGCAACACCGCGAAUGUAUUAGUCAUCACCGAUCAUUACACUCGCUAUGCUCAGGCAUUUCCCACCAAGGAUCAGAAGGCGACGACAGUGGCGAAGGUGCUAUGGGAGAAGUACUUUGUGCAUUACGGCCUUCCCAGGCGAAUCCAUAGUGAUCAGGGGCGGGACUUUGAGAGCCGCCUUAUCCAGGAAUUACUGACUAUGCUUGGGGUUGAGAAAUCCAGGACUACCCCUUACCACCCACAGGGAGAUCCUCAGCCAGAGAGAUUCAACAGGACCCUGUUGGAUAUGCUCGGGACGCUGGAGGUUGGGCAGAAAAGCAGGUGGAGUCGUCAUAUUGGACAAUUGGUUCACUGUUACAAUUGUACUCGCAAUGAGGCUACAGGGUAUUCACCCUAUUAUCUGAUGUUUGGGCGGGAAGCGAGGUUGCCCAUUGACGUGUGUUUUGGAGGUGGAGUGGGUGAAUUUCCCGGGAAGUCCCAUCUAAAGUACGUGUCCGACAUGAAGAGGGAGUUACAGCGGGCGUACGAGUUGGCCGAGGCGGCGGCUACCAAACAAAAUCAGCGGAAUAAGAUGCGGUAUGAUCGAAAGGUGAAGUUUGUACAAUUAUUACCGGGGGACCGGGUCCUUUUACGGAAUUUGGGACUCCCUGGUAAGCACAAGUUGGCAGAUCGAUGGGCGGCCAGCCCCUAUGUAAUAGAGAGCCAGAUGCCGAACCUGCCAGUUUACCGGGUGAAACCCGAGGAUGGAAAAGGGCCUAUCAAGGUACUCCAUAGGAAUCACCUGCUGCCACUGGGUCAAGCGGUGCAGGUGGAUAAGGAGCCCGAGUGGGAGGUUACGCCCAGUACAAGGACUCUGCGAGGGAGCGGAGAACGGGAAGAGCCCGCUGCUGAAGAGCGGGGACGGGUCCCUCACUCGGGAAUGGCUACCGAUUCAGAGGAGGACGACUCAGAUGAGUGGGUCCUGUUCCCAUUCGCUGGUGCUCCAGUACCAGGAGAGGAGGCUCCUGGCCCUUCCCAUACUGAAUUGGGUGAGAGGAGGGAAGGUCUUGAGGGUCAGAUGGAGAGGCAGCCUACAUUGGUGGGAGAGAGGGUGGAAUCUGAGCGUGAGCCGGAGAGAUCUCGGGUGAGGGAGGACCCCUGUGAGGAAGGGGGUGCGGGUCUGUCAGGUAGACCUGGGGUGUCCGAGACAGUGGGUUCGCAGGUGACGAGGGAGCCCAGUGGGGCAGAAGGGGUAUGGAGAUCUCAGAGGAUUAGGUGCCCCCCGGAGUGGUUGACAUAUGUGGUACCGGGAGAACCGAGUGUGAUUUCUACUGCUCUGGGUAGUUAUGUCAUUGCCUUCUGCACCUGGGUUGGGUUUUGUGUGUUGCAAGAAGCUUUGGGGACCUCUAGUAAUGCCAUGAGGGCAUGACAUUUGCUGGUGGGGAGAGAAUGUACAAUGUCCUGGGUAUGUUACUCAAAAUGGCCUCUUUGGUUUGUUACAAGUAGGAAUGUUUCUUUGUCGGAUAAGUGUUUCUCUAGCCGUUGUUUCACUUUAGAAUGGCUGAUAUGGUAAUUGUAUUCAUUUGUUAAUCAAUGGGGAAUGUCAUUGUGUCUUGUGAUGCUGGGAACUUGGGGGAGGGGUUUUCGCGGGUUUUUUGGGAGAGGCCGAGGAAGACACUGAAGAAGGUGGACGUGUGCUGGACUGCUCGUAAGACCACCGGGGUGGUCCCAGGUGUGACGGCCGGAUGGGUCGAUUGGUUCGUUGAUUGAGCUCCGACGAGUGCACUAAACAGACUGAACUUUGAUAAGUGGCGCCUUUUGUUUUUUUCCUUGUGUAUAUAUAUUGUAUUGCUUACUACUCUUUUUAAUUUUAGUAAACUCUUUAAAGUGUAUUUCAUAACGGUAUUUGUUGUGGAUUUGAUACUGUUGGCGGGCUCGAGGCGUAAACUCGAUUCUCACAGCAUCUGCGUGUACGGGAGGUGGGUUGGAGAGUGGCUGGAUCCCUUUUUCCCCUAGACAUAUACCAGCCUGUUGGGUAAGGGUUACAUAGAAGUGAAUUAUUUCCUAUUAAUAAUUAUUCUGAUUAUUACGAUCAAGUACCUUUUUAAUAUUGCCAAAAACCAUUUUACUUACCUUGAUAUCAAAAUUACUAAAAAUUUUAAAGACCUAUAUAGGUAUAAUUUCUCCCCUUCAGUUGAAUAUACUCAACAGGCGCUUUCUAAAUGGU